AGAGAGAGAGAGAGAGACACACACACACACACGCAGAGAGAGAAAGAGAGAGCGAGCAUGAAGGCCGGUCAGUAGCGAGCUGUUUUGCAAGAUCAUUGCUUGAGUUAGCGCUGACAGAGACCAAGGGCAUGGGAUUUUACUCUAUUAGACAAUUUAUAAAGCGUUGAAAAGCCACACAGCUCGACCACACUGACAUCUGAAACCGUCGGAUUCACGUCUAACAGCUUUUUAUCGACUUGGAUUAUUCGGAUGGCGUUAAUUUUGUUCUCAAGAUCUCGGACUCCGUUGAUGAAAUCAUCCAGAUCAUUAAAGAACGAGUUGUGGAAAGGAAAGCUGAAAGAAGUAGCCUGCUUCAGUUGUACUGCACUCCGUCUGGCUACAAACAGUCCCGAGGUUCUCAGAGGCAGUUUGGCAGCUCAGACCUUCUCUCUCAGGCUGUAUCCUGACCAUUCAUAUGUGCAUCAGUGCUCACCGACCAGUUCAUCUUGUCUUUACUGUGUCGUCCCGAUACCCAAAUCUGCUGCACUCAGCCGCACCCACUCUGUCUCUUAUUGGACAGUUGCGCAGUGGGCCACACCAGUACGGUGGGUUCACACCUCAAGCUGUCUUCAUGAUGACUCCAAAGUGGAGCGCUCGCUGCGUUCAUUAAAAGACCGAAAUAAAAAACUAGAGGAGGGAGGACCCAUCUACAGCCCUACCGUGGAUGUGGAACCAGUGCGGCGAACGCUAGGGCAACGCGUGAUUGAUGAGGUGAAGCACUAUUACCAUGGCUUCCGACUUCUGUGGAUCGAUACGACCAUCACGGGACGCAUGCUGUGGAGAGUGCUGAAUGGACACACACUGUCACGAAGAGAGAGAAGACAGUUCCUAAGGACAUGUGCAGACUUAUUCCGACUCCUGCCUUUUCUGGUUUUUAUCGCUGUUCCGUUUAUGGAGUUCCUGCUUCCUGUUGCUCUGAAGCUUUUCCCCAACAUGCUGCCAUCCACUUUUGAGACAAAGUCCAAGAAGGAAGAGAGGUUGAAGAAGGAGCUGAGAGUAAAGCUGGAGAUGGCGAAGUUCUUGCAGGACACCGUGGAGGAGAUUGCACUGAGAAACAAAGCAGACAAAGGCAACGUGACUGAGGAAUUUUCUACCUUCUUCCAGAAGAUCCGGGACUCGGGUGAAAGGCCUAGCAAUGAGCAGAUCAUCCGAUUCUCCAAACUGUUUGAGGAUGAGCUGACCCUAGACAACCUGACACGGCCGCAGCUGGUAGCUCUCUCAAAGCUACUAGAGCUGCAGUCCAUCGGCACCAACAACUUCCUCCGCUUCCAGCUCAUCAUGAAGCUCCGCUCCAUCCGUGCUGACGACAAGCUGAUAGCAGAGGAAGGAGUGGAGAGCCUUAACGUGAAUGAGCUGCAAGCGGCGUGCAGGGUCCGAGGCAUGAGAGCUCUGGGAGUGACGGAGGCCAGACUUCGAGAUCAACUCAAACAGUGGCUGGAGCUGCAUUUGAACCAGCACAUCCCUACUUCUCUGCUACUGCUUUCAAGAGCUAUGUUCCUUCCUGACACACUCUCCCCUACAGACCAGCUUAAAACCACACUGCAGACCUUGCCUGAGAUAGUGGCUAAAGAGGCCCAGGUGAAAGUGGCAGAGCUUGACUUCUCUAAGGUAGAUAACAAGACUAAACUGGAGACCAUGCUGCAGGAAGAAGCAGCUAUUCGUCAGGAGAACAGAGAGAGGGAGCUGGAGAGGCUAGCCGAAAGUGCAGAGAAAGCCAAAGAACAGAAAGAGGAUGUGGAGGCUGACAUGCGGGUCGAUGCUGAUCUUGCUAUGCCUAGUGUAGAUAUGGCAAUUCACUCUGAAACAUUACGAGACACAGCACCAGUGCUGGACGGUAUUAAGGGAGAGGAGAUCACUAAGGAGGAGAUUGACAUGCUGAGUAAUGCCUGCACCAAACUCAAGGAGCAGAAAAAACUCCUGACAAAAGAGAAGGAGGAACUGGAGGAGCUGAAAGACGACGUGCAGGAAUACAGUGAGGAUCUGGAGGAGAUAAAGAAAGAGCUUUCUAAAACUGGGCAGGAGAAAGAGGUGGAAGAAUCUAAAGCCAGUAAACAUUUGUCACGCCGGGUGAACCGCAUGAUCAGCCGCAUGGAUAAGAUCAUAAAUGAGUUAGAGAAAGACAAGCUGGUGCUGGAUGGACAGAUGGACAGUGGAACCACACCACCAGUUGGAUUUUUCUUUGAGAAAUGUAAUGACUUACAAAGGGAGAACCUGAUUAGCAUCAGUGAGCUCAUUGCUAUCAUGAGGCAGAUCCAGAGCAUUCCAGAGCACAAGCUGCUCAGCAUCGCUGACGCGCUGGAUGAAAACAAGGAUGGCAAGAUAGACAUUGACGAUGUUAUCAAGGUGGUGGAGCUGAUCGAUAAGGAGGACGUGGACAUCUCCACUGCACAAGUGGCGGAGAUCAUGUUGAUGCUGCAGAAAGAGGAGAAGCUGGUGGAAAAGGAGAAAGCUAAGGAGAAGGCUGAAAAGGAGCAGGCCGUUAAAGUUCAGCAAAACUGAGUGCGUCCUGGCGAGCUACCAUGGAGCAGGAAAGCACAGAGGAGCCACUGGUGCUGCAGCCUCUGGUUUCAUACUUGAAAAAUAAGGGGAAUUGAAUUAUUUGUUGAAAAAUCCCAACAUUCAUUUCACCAUCGAACCAUCAGUUGGCAGUGAUGUCGCUUCGAGUGAGCUGACUAACUAUUUUUAUUUUGCACGCCGUCAUGGUCGUCAUCAUUCCACUGCUACUGCUGCCAUUUGGAUUCAUUUAUUUUGUGUUAUUUUAUUUAAACCAAGCUCUUUCGAGUUGAAUUAAUUAUCAGAUGCCGCUGAAUGUAGCUCAUGUGGCCUUUGAGUGUGCUAUUGAAUUUGUCCAGAAACCAAAGUAAAUUCGAAAAGCUACUACAGAGCUGAAGGUGAAUAUCCAAAUGCUACGGACUGAUCGAGAGGUCAGCUGUUUGAGUGAGCCGAGUCUCAGCGAUGUAUUUUGGUUUUGUUUGCUAUUACUCUGUUGUGGCCUUGAGUGAACACACAUCCAUUUUUCCUGGUUAUGUGAGUGAUUUCAAAAAAAUUGCUUUUAUUGGUUACAUAUUGGCCAGACAAAAGUCCUCCUUUUAAAUAACCUAUUAAGAGUGUUCCCUUUCACCCUUUGAUGAAACCUGGAGUCUUGUGGAUGUGUGUAUGAGGAGUCUAGUUAAGCUUGGAACAAAUGCUAGUUGUAGAGUCCUAAUUCAAUAGGCUGGAGCUUUUUUAUGGAAGUGUAGAGGAUAGAUGGGGAGAGAAUUUUUAGGUGCUUGAAGUGUGUGUGUGUGUGUGUGUGUAAGAGAGCGAGCGAGAGAAGAUGGAGUGGGCUCUUUGCAGUGCAGACAGGUUUGGAGUAUCUAGGCCUCGGCUCAGACCCAGUAUGGUGAGGCCAGUCUGGGUACAGUCACUUCAAGGACUGGGUAAACACUCACACCAUACAUGGAGAGGGUAGCUAGCAGAUACAGACACACUCACACACAUUGUAUUAUGUCAGCAUAACAUAGUUGCACAGGGCACAGCAGACAGUGAAUACAUCACUCCCACUCCUAAACAUGUCAUAGAGAGAGAACAGAGUGUUUGACCUGAAAGCACCGACUGUGUUGCAUCAGAGAGACAGACGGAGCUCUGUUUUGGAGUCAGGGUGCCUUUCUCACUUUGUGUCUGUAAGCUUCAGCCAGGCAGCAACCAAGGGUCAGAGGUCAACCCUUACAUUAGUAACCACCUGUAUGUAUGCAGCUUGUGUAUCUACAUUAGGGCCUUAAACCACAUGAAGUUAUUGCACAUUAACAUCUCAUUAUCCGUUGUUUAAAGGGAGCAAGAAACAUUGCACUAUCAUUAUUUGAAGCUUUUUUAUGGUUGUUUUGCGGUUGUGAUUCAGACUCAGGAAUAUACGUGUAAUGGGCUGCAGGUGAGGAGAGAAGUGGGCUGGUGGGUCGUGUAACUGGAAGAGAUGGAGCAUCUUUGGCCAAGUGGCACGAGACUCUAUUUGCAUGAACGACUCCGAUUUUUAUUAUAUUAUUUCUGUACCCUGAAGGCACAUGACUGUCCUUCUGCUUUAAUAUGCAGUCACUUGGUCUGACCAAGAGGUUUUUCAAAACAUAGUUAUUGUUGAUCUUAAAGUUGUGCAAAUUGAACAGUAGUAGAAGAACAGCUGGCUGAACAGGCAGGGUGAAACUCAACAAAAUGGAACCACUGUAUACAAGGUGUUUCGAAAAAAAUUGAUAUUAUUUGAGAUGUAAAUAUCCCAGAAACUACAUAGUCUAGGCAGAUGAAACUGAACAGGCUUAAUGUUGAGCAGUACAAGAUUUAUUCCUCAAAAUUUGAAUGAGAAGUUCAAAGGUGGGUGGCACGGUGGUGUAGUGGUUAGUGCUGUCGCCUCACAGCAAGAAGGUCCUGGGUUCGAGCCCCGGGGCCGGCGAGGGCCUUUCUUUGUGGAGUUUGCAUGUUCUCCCCGUGUCCGCGUGGGUUUCCUCCGGGUGCUCCGGUUUCCCCCACAGUCCAAAGACAUGCAGGUUAGGUUAACUGGUGACUCUAAAUUGACCGUAGGUGUGAAUGUGAGUGUGAAUGGUUGUCUAUGUGUUAGCCCUGUGAUGACCUGGCAACUUGUCCAGGGUGUACCCCGCCUUUCGCCCGUAGUCAGCUGGGAUAGGCUCCAGCUUGCCUGCGACCCUGUAGAAGGAUAAAGCGGCUAGAGAUAAUGAGAUAAUAAUAAUAUUGAAGUUUUCCAAAUUCAUUUUUUUUGUGUGCUGGUUAGACUUGUCCCAGACAAGGAUAAUUGUUAGAUUGCUGUAUUAGAUUUGUAAGAUUAGUUAGUGUAGUAUUGAAUACCGAAAUAUGUCUCUACCAAGAGACGAGAUGUCCAAAAGUAAUCAAAAAAGGGUAUAGUGUUUAAAAAAUAUUUGCCCCGCCUGAUUUUCUGUGCUUUAAAAUAAUUCAUACAAUUAUUGAUAGCCAAAAAAUGAAUACAUAAAAAAUGAACCUGUUAAAACAAAAUGUUACAGUGAAAAUCAAGCCCCGAAUACAUUUGUUCAAAUGUAACUGCAAAUCACACAGUACCUUUUGUUAAAAAUAUGUAUGUAAAUAUGUUGAACCCUCGUAGUUUUUUUAUGCCCCUGUAUGUUAUGACCGUACAAGUGUACAGCAGACUGACUUUUAGCGAAUAAUUUCAAUGAAUUUAUUUUCAUAUUACAGAGUUUCCCAAAUAUUUGAAAGGAGAUGUGUAGCUUAAUGAUCUAUUUAGUAUUCUUUAAUAUUAAAGUGAAAUAAAAUUUAAAUUCAUCAAAUGAAGCACAAAAUAAACCUGUUGAUGAAAGGAAAGAUAAGUUAUUGAUACUGUAUUUCAAACCAUAAAAAACCCCCUGAGUUUGGUUUUCUUUGAGUUUUUAUUGUCAUAUAAUAUAUCUGAAGACAGAUAGCUUUUAAUUUUGCCACUGACUAAUUCUCAUGGAAGUAUACAUAUUCUGAAAUGGGUCAUUCCAAUUUGAAUAAAAAGAGGUGAUAUGAUU